AUGCGUCUGCUAUCCCUCGUCCAAAACGCCCUGCUCCUCUGCGGCUUCGCCGUGCUGUCAUCUGGCGCGGACGCUGCGGCGGCAGUUCCACAAAGGAACAGCCAUGUACCGCGCGGGUUUGUCACUACCCGCGGAACGCAUUUCGAGCUCGACGGAAAACCUUUCGCAUUUGUGGGAGCCAACUCAUAUUGGCUGCCUCUCCUCACGUCCCCGGAUGAUGUUGAGAGCACUUUGAAGUCGAUGCAAAAUGCCGGCAUCAAAGUUCUUCGGACGUGGGGCUUCAAUGCCAUAAACGGAACGGAACUGCCAGGUGCUCUGCAGUCCAAUCUCACCUACUAUCAAACGUGGAACAACUCAGAAUGGAGCCUGAAUGCAAACUCUCAAGGGCUCGAGCGUCUUGAUAAAGUCAUUUCCACGGCGGAGAAACAUGGCAUCAAAGUGAUCUUGACUUUCGCCAACAACUGGUUCGGUUCGGAUCUUUACAUUCAAUGGAUGCUCGGCGCUGGCCAGACGCACGACGUAUUCUUCACAAACGAGCAAAUCAUCGCGUCGUACCAAUCCUACGUUAAGACCAUCGUGGAGCGUUACAAGAACUCGCCGGCGAUUUUUGCAUGGGAGCUGAUGAACGAGGCCAGGUGCUUGAGCGACACUCUCCGGGCUGGACCAUCUUGCGUCCCAGGCUCCAAUACUCUCCGGACUUGGUAUGAGCAGCAGUCCAACUUCAUCCGCAGCUUGGAUGCGAAUCAUCUGAUCACGACGGGAGGUGAAGGGCACUUCUUCUGGAAGGAUCCGGAGACAUACUGGUCGGACCAUACCCUGGUCAGCGAUUACAAUUACAACGGCCAAGCUGGCGAGGACUUUGAUCACGAUCUACUGUUGCCUAACAUCGACUUCGGGACUUAUCACAUUUAUCCCCAGACUUGGUAUCCGGAGCUUGAUUUUCCGGGAUCGAACUGGACUGCGGAAGAUUGGGGACUCGACUGGAUUCAGCAGCACGUCCACUCUGCGAACAAGGCAAACAAGCCCGUGGUCUUGGAGGAGUUCGGCGUGACGGGCCUGCAGAACAAAACGGUGGUCUACCCCAAGUGGGUCCAGCGUGCUCUAGAUACGCACCAUGGGAUUAUGCCGUGGCAGUUCGGCCAACUGGGCCUCACCGAGGACGGCGGCAACCGCGUCAUCAAGUACGCCGACGCGCUCAUCGACGGCGCGUCCCCGAACGACGGCUUCGCCUAUUAUCCCAACCAGACCGCGGUCUGGGAGGUGUUCACGCGGGCGGCCAAGAUCCAGAACGCGCGAUCUGGAUAG